AUGCCAUCCACCAACAGCCUAGUGCUCACGAGUAUCCCGCCAGAUAGCAGAAGUACCUCACCGAUGACGAUGAAUCCGUCUCCCUGCAGGGAGAUCAGGGGGAUCCGGCUGUUCCGUGCCAUCAGCAGGAAGCUCUCCAGGCGCUCAGAAGUAGACGGCAGCUACCCAGUUGAUUCCGAUUGCAGAUCCUCCAGCGCUGACUCCAACUCGGACUCCAGCAGCUCCGGUCGAAGCUCCAGGCUGAAGAAGGGCUCCAGCUCGGGCGAUUCAGGCUUCAGAUCGGUCUCUCCCAACCAGAUGUCGAGCAGUUCCAGUAGUUCUAGUGUGUCCGGGAGUGACAACCAGCAGAGACCUAGACACCACCACUCCACGUCGGCUGAGAGCAUAAGGAAAGUGUUCCAGAGCUUGAACCUCAAUGUUCGCUCCAGGAGUUGCACCAACACUAAGGAGAAGAGGAAAAACGUGAAGCCGGCUCCGAAGAGGAUACUGAGGCAGCCUAUGACUUAUACCUAUGUGAAGGGCUUGUCGGGACUGCCUACCCAACGGAUACCUAGGACCAGGCAGAUGUUGAAUCCUUGUGGUUGUGGCAUGCAGUACAAUAUGCCUGGUUUGAAUAGAUAA